UAAAAGGAAGGAGACAAAGAAAGACACUAAAGGUCCCUCUCUUACCCCUCAUUUCUCUAUAAUAAUAAUAACAAACUUACAAAUAUAAAUAUGAAACACAAAUAUAACCUCCUAGUUAAAGAAGAAAAGAUAGAUAUAAAUUAUGGAAAGGGAAAUGUCAAACCAAAUGAUAUCAAUCAUACCUACUCCACAAUCAACAUGUACUAUAUAUAUGAGGAGUAAACACAAAAGAGAUUCAAAGAAAAAAUUUUAACAAAUUUUUGGAGCUACCCAAUGAAAUGUGUUUCUCAAUUUCCAUAUCCUGUUGGGAACUCGCAAUUUCCAUAGCCUGCAAGAAAAGCAGCUAGAGAUUUAGGACAAAUUAAAUACGGAAGUCAAAAGAAAGCAUUGAAUGGCAAGCAGUAGUUGUAAUAAAAAUGCCCAAAAGCUAAGAACACUAGUCCCACCUACACAUGGACAGCGUAUAAUGUUGAAAAAUUAAGUGAGAAGUUGCUAAAUUUUCUUUGUGGUUGUGGGCCAAGAUUGUAAGUGGUGGAUUGAUAGGGUAAUCACAGCCAUACAUAUAUGGAAAUUAUUUGCAUUUUUUUUUUUGAACAAGUAGUACAAGUCUUUGUGGGUUAGGGAAUCGGCUGGAUGGCUGAAGCUCCACCUCUUCUCCCAAACGUCCUAGAAAACCAGAUGCCUGAGUCGGAAUUAAAAGAUCCGGAUGCUGGUAUUAAUAAUAUUGAUGACUUCCUUUGCGGGGAGACGGUGUGCCUCUAUGAUUGUUCAGAAUGAUGGGCAUCGGUGGGCCUUUCUAGGAAGUUGCAAAUUAUUUGCAAUUAUGAUACACAUAACAGGACAAAUUAAUUCACCUGAUUGGACAUUUUGAUUCUGUUCCUUUCACCUGAAUUGUAACGUUGGAUUGACAGCUAUUCUUGUUUCAUUGAGAAAUCAAGGAAAUCAGACUCG